GCCGGGCUGCGCGGGAGACUCGUUGGUCCUGGGAAGAUGGCGGCGCCGGAGCCGGGGCGUUAGAGCGAAUGCAGACGGCAGCCUCCUUCUCGGUGGGCGUACAGGCUGGUCCAGAGCUGGUGACUGUCCUCUCUGUGUGACCUUGGCAAUUGGGCACCAUGGACCUGGCUUACAUCUGUGAAUGGGAGAAAUGGCCCAAGAGCACCCACUGCCCAUCCGGUCCCCUUGCCUGCACCUGGUCCUGCCGCAACCUCAUCGCCUUCACCACGGACCUGCGCAGCGAUGACCAGGACCUGACCCGCAUGAUCCACAUCCUGGACACUGAGCAUCCCUGGGACGUGCACUCCAUCCGCUCAGAGCACAGCGAGGCCAUCACCUGCCUGGAGUGGGACCAGUCCGGCUCUCGUCUGCUGUCAGCUGAUGCCGAUGGGCAGAUCAAGUGCUGGAGCAUGGCUGACCACCUGGCCAACAGCUGGGAGAGCCCCGUGGGCAGCGUGGUGGAAGGGGACCCCAUCGUGGCCUUGUCCUGGCUGCACAACGGCGUGAAACUGGCCCUGCAUGUGGAAAAGUCUGGUGCCUCCAGCUUCGGGGAAAAGUUCUCCCGCGUCAAGUUCUCGCCAUCGCUCACACUGUUUGGGGGCAAGCCCAUGGAGGGCUGGAUCGCUGUCACGGUCAGCGGCCUGGUCACUGUGUCCCUGCUCAAGCCCAGCGGGCAGGUGCUCACCUCGACUGAGAGCCUGUGCCGGCUGCGCGGCCGUGUGGCUCUGGCCGACAUCGCCUUCACAGGUGGCGGCAACAUCGUGGUGGCCACAGCAGAUGGCAGCAGCGCGUCACCGGUGCAGCUGUACAAGGUGUGCGUGAGCGUGGUCAACGAGAAGUGCCGCAUCGACACCGAGCUCCUGCCCUCGCUCUUUAUGCGCUGCACCACCGACCUCAGCCGCCGCGACCGGCUGCCCGCCAUCACCCACCUCAAGUUCUUGGCCCGCGACAUGUCGGAGCAAGUACUGCUGUGUGCAUCCAGCCAGACGAGCAGUGUGGUGGAGUGUUGGUCGCUGCGCAAGGAGGGGCUUCCUGUGAACAAUAUCUUCCAGCAGCUCUCUCCGGCUGUUGGUGACAAACAGCCCACAAUUCUCAAAUGGCGGAUUCUGUCGGCCACCAAUGACCUGGACCGUGUGUCUGCUGUGGCACUGCCCAAGCUGCCCAUCUCACUCACCAACACUGACCUGAAGGUGGCCAGUGACACCCAGUUCUACCCCGGCCUCGGGCUGGCCCUGGCCUUCCACGACGGCAGUGUCCACAUCGUGCACCGGCUCUCGCUGCAGACCAUGGCCAUCUUCUAUAGCUCUGCCGCCCCACGCCCUGUGGACGAGCCAGCUCUCAAGCGCCCCCGGACCACAGGCCCCACUGUGCACUUCAAGGCCAUGCAACUCUCCUGGACCUCCCUGGCCCUCGUGGGCAUUGACAACCAUGGCAGGCUGAGCAUGUUGCGCAUCUCGCCGUCCAUGGGCCACUCGCUGGAUGUGGGGUUGGCCCUGCGGCACCUGCUCUUCCUGCUGGAGUACUGCAUGGUGACUGGCUAUGACUGGUGGGACAUCCUGCUGCACGUGCAGCCCGGCAUGGUGCAGAGCCUGGUGGAGAAGCUGCAUGAGGAGUACACGCGCCAAAAGGCUGAGCUACAGCAGGUCCUGUCCACCCGGAUCCUGGCCAUGAAGGCCUCGCUGUGCAAGCUGUCGCCCUGCACGGUGACUCGUGUGUGCGACUACCACGCAAAGCUUUUCCUCAUCGCCAUCAGCUCCACGCUGAAGUCGCUGCUGCGCCCGCACGUGCUCAACACACCUGACAAAAGUCCUGGUGACCGGCUGACUGAAAUCUGUGCCAAGAUCACAGACGUCGACAUUGACAAGGUCAUGAUCAACCUCAAGACGGAGGAGUUCGUUCUGGACAUGAACACGCUCCAGGCACUGCAGCAGCUCCUGCAGUGGGUGGGCGACUUUGUGCUCUACCUGCUGGCCAGUCUGCCCAACCAGGGCUCCCCGCUGCGACCAGGCCACAGCUUCCUGCGGGAUGGCACAUCGCUGGGCAUGCUGCGAGAGCUGAUGGUUGUCAUCCGUAUCUGGGGCCUGCUGAAGCCCAGCUGCCUGCCUGUGUACACGGCUACCUCAGACACUCAGGACAGCAUGUCCCUGCUCUUUCGCCUGCUCACCAAGCUCUGGAUCUGCUGUCGUGACGAGGGUCCCACAAGUGAGCCAGACGAGGCGCUGGUGGAUGAGUGCUGCCUACUGCCCAGUCAGCUGCUCAUCCCCAGCCUGGACUGGCUGCCUGUGAGUGAUGGACUGGUCAGCCGCCUGCAGCCCAAGCAGCCCCUGCGCCUGCACUUUGGCAAGGCCCCUGCUCUUCCUGGUGGCUCCAGCAGCCUGCAGCUGGAUGGCCUCAUCAGGGUGCCAGGCCAGCCCAAGAUGGACCACCUGCGGAGGCUGCACCUGGGCGCCUACCCCACAGAGGCUUGCAAGGCGUGUACCAGGUGCGGCUGCGUCACCAUGCUCAAGUCACCCAACAAGACCACCGCCGUCAAGCAGUGGGAGCAGCGCUGGAUCAAGAACUGCCUGUGUGGGGGACUCUGGUGGCGCAUGCCCCUCAGCUACCCCUGACUACAUCUCAGCCUGUUGUCUUUCGUUUUAUUUAUAGUUUUCUCUGCUGUGCAAAAUGUCAGUGGAUUCCUGAUGAACUUACAGGAAAGCCAUGCUGUCCCCUUGCUGGUGACAGAGCAGCCACAUGCUCCAGACCUUCGCUGGGUGUUCUUAGACACCACCAGCCUGGAACUAUGCUUUGGGGGCCUUGUCUGCUGCGCCAGCACCCCUGUAACCGACAGGGCCAGUGAGGACACAGCCUGAAGCCUCAAGUUGGCACCUCAGCCCAGCCAUCAAGGCUCUUUCUCCCUUGAAGCCUGUUGAUUUAUCUGGCAGGAGGACCUAGCCACAUGAUCACCCUGCAAGGUGGUGACUGAGAUAGCCUGGGGCCUGCCCCAGGCAGAACCACGGCAAGUGCCACCCCUCAGGACCCCAAGGACCCCUAGGUCCCAGUUCAGAGGGUCCAGGAUCUGAGGACUGUGUGCUUUAGAACAUGACACAUGAACCUGCCAGGCGUCCAGUGGCUGCUGUCAAGGACACCAGCCGGGCGUCAGCCUCGGGUCCCCCACCUGUACCUGUCACUGCUGUCUCUGACAUGGGCAAGCCCCAGAAACGUCCCCCUGGGCAGCAGGUGUCUUGUCGAUGUCCUGGGUGCCACCUCCCCACAGCCCCCACCCCCCACAGGCACGGGAUUCUGUGCCUGUGUGUGUUGUUUUCCUGCUUGGCCAGCAUUUAUUGAGCACCUACCGUCUACCAGACGCAGGCGUCCUGGGGGCGAGCAGUGUGGGGCUGGAUGUGGGUGGAGGCUGCUCUCUACUGCCUGGUUCCUACACACAGGAGUGUCUCUGUCUCUUCUUUCUCUCUGCCUCCCUGCCUUCCUCCCCUCCCCCACCAGGUUUUUGGGAGCUCAGGCUGUGGCCCCGAAGGGUCCUGCCUCGUCAGCAACCACUCACCGAUUAUGUGGCUCCCCAGGGCCUGGGCACAGUGCCUGCCUGUUAAGCGGUAAUUGCUUCUCUUGUUUUCCUUCUGGAGGCUCGAGGGAGGGCAGGCUGGGUAGGUGUCCUGCGGAGCUCAGCGUGCUGCCUGCUGUGUCAGGCUUUCAGGGACUGGCAGCACUCCAGGAGCCCCAUUACCUGGGCCAGCUGCCCACCUGCCUGUGGCCCCAGCACUUAGGGGUGUUCAUGUCUUGCCAUCUGAGUGGUGCUUUCUGCAGGGACCUGUGAGGUACCCCCCCAACUGUGCUGCUGCUGGUGCCCCAGCCCCUUGGAGAAAUGGGCCUGAAAUGGGCAGCCUCUCUGGUGGAGCGGCACAUGGCCCAGGUUCUUGCAUAUAUUUUCUCAGCCUUUUACCUCAUUUGACCAUGUAUUUUUUUAAGCCACUUGCCUUUCUCAAGUCAUUCUAAAGUCUUUAAAGCAGCUACUUGUUUUAGAAAAGUGAGCGUGUUUCUUGCAUUCAUAUUUCAUUGCUUUAAGGUUAAAUAGUGGGGGUUUACACCACAGCCACCAUCCUUGGAUGCUCCCUGGAGGACGAGUCCUGGUCCCUUCCCCUUGGACCUGCUCCAGCCCACCCUGUGCAUGGGAGGUGGUGCUGGCUGACCUGAGGCUGGUGGGACCUGGCCUGGCUCCUGGGCCUCCUCCUAGAGCCUCUGAACACCUGCAGGCUGGCCCCUUGGGUCUGGUCAUCCAGGGGAUGGAGCAGGGACACUUCCAUGCCUGUGUGACCCUGACCCGCACAAGCUGAGCGAGAUGAAGGGGAUGGGAUGGCUCAGCAUCACCGAGUUUGGGGCAGCUUGUCACUGAGCGAUGGAUGACCAGAGUGCCCAAGAGCUGCUGUGACGAGCCCAGUGGGCAUGCAUGCCUGCGCCUGGCUGUUCAGAACCGUCAGGUCAUCUGAGGGCCCUGUUGGGAUGUCCUCCAGGUUGGGAGGGGGUUUGUGGGUGGGGAGGUUUCCUUGCCCCUCAUCCUUCCCCCACCCCAUGUCCACACAGGUCCCCUUCUGGGGACAAGAGCAGGCAUUCCUGUGACAGGAAGAGGCAGUUUGGUCCCUCUGAUUACAUGUCUCCUGUGCCUUCAGUCUCCUCAGAGCCAGGCCCGCGGGACCCCAUUGUGGCUGAGGAGGCUGAAGACACCAUCCUCCAGAUAGAAGUGAAAGCAGAAGCCCUCCAGGGUCACAGGGUCACAGGUGACUGCAGCAACGUGUCCCCCCACCCCACCCAGGUAGAUGGUAGGAGCCUGUGUCUCCACCAGCUCCAUCUGGUUCUGCUCCAGCCACUGACCUUAGGUGCCGUUGCUCACUGUUUUAUCUCAUCUGUACCCCCAACUAGUGUUGCCAGAAAAAUGCAGAACAGUUAAGUCUGAAUUUCAGAUGGACAAUGAAUGGUAUUUUAGUCUAAAUCUGUCCCCAAUAUUACAUGGGACAUGGGACAUACUUAACAAAAUUUUCCUGAAACUCUCAUGUAACUGGACAGCCUGCAUUUUUGUUUGCUAAAGGUGGUAAUCCUACUGUUCCACCUCCCAACUGGAUCAUUUCAGGGCCACUUCGCAGUGUCUUGGCUUAAUUCAGGAAGUAAUAACCAUGGGACGAGUGAGUCUGUGAUGGCUGACUGACCAGCAGUUACAUUUUCCUUGCCACUCUCACUUAAGUGCGUGCAGCUUCUUAAAUCCCACAUGAGAAAAAAAUCCUGAGCACACUGAGAACCCCCCAGCCCAUCAUCAGGAUCACUCAGAAGUUCCAUCCAUGCAUCUGGGAAUAUUUGACCUGGUUGCUCUGAGCAGGGCUGGGUCUUAGCUGUGUCUCAAGAGCUUCCAUAUGAAUGAACGCUUCAUAGCAGAAAAACACCUGGCCAGUUUCCAGUACCAGUCCCUCGUGGGGCAUAUGACCAUCUCUCAGACCCUCAAUCUCGUUAUUGACCAAAGGGAGGUCAGAGGCUCCCUUUGUGGGUCAGGCUUAACACCUGGGGCCAAGUAGGUGCUGGGCUUUAAUGGCCCGUUGUCCAAGUGGGAGAGGGCCCAGGGCCUCAGUCCCUGGGUUCUGCCCUGUCAUCUCACACAGAAGGGUAAAACCAAGACCCAGGAAGGUGGUGAGUCAUCUGGGCCCGCAAUCAUUGGGGCUGCUCUGGGACACCAGUCAGCUUUGGACAGUCAGUGAGCCACACUGCAUGUGAGGACGGCCUGUGAAUGCAGACAGAUGGCUUGUUCAGGGCUGAAUUCCAGGCUGCUCAGGAGAGUCGCACAGCGUCUCUGAGCAUUUCCCCAUCUGGGACACGAUUCUAAGAACACAGCCUGGCUGUGUACCUAGAUCUCAGCCCAGAGCGGGGUCUUGCACACAGUAGACCUUCGCAUUCCUCUUGGGAAGUAGAAACCAAGGGGACACUACCCGACCCGCACCCCUUGCUAGGUCUCAGGACACUUCUAUUUCCUGGGAAUAGUAAGGGCGCCACCAUGUGGCCGAGGCGUGAAGCGAAGCCAGGCUUGAAGGGCAUGGGGCCUCCGGACUUGAGCCUGAAUGCCCCUCCUUCAGGCACGUCUCAGCCUUUCAGUUGCCUCCUGGUACAUCAUUACCAAGACUCCGCCGCCCCCUCAGUCUGGCUCGCUUCGGUCCACUCCUGCAGGCAGCGUGCAAUCAAU